CCCAGGUUACAAGGGGCCCUCGUUCCAAGGUGGAUCAAGUGAAUUGAAACAUAUUGUACUUUACAUCCAGUUUCUCUGUACAGAUUCCCAGAACUCUCCAAUCCCUACCCACCUUUCCCUCUGCUGCUGAUUAUAGUACUGCCGCUACUUGACACGCGGCAGCGUCUCCACGAAGUCGGUAGGGUGUGCAGGGAGGGUACUCGCCUACCUAUCCAUCUCACUGCUGUCUCUCUGCCAUCCUUCUCGACUGGAGCUGUUACGGGUGGUGGUUGCUACCGUGGGCUGAUCUUGUCUCAUCGUUCCUUUCCAAACCAGUCCCGUUCUGUUUUGGCGCGUGCGUGUCUUGAUAGCCCUGAAAAAGUCUCUUCUCUUCCAUCCGCUCUUCUAGCUUUUCUUCUGUAGCCCUCUGUUUAUUCAUCCGCGACCUUUUCUUUCUUUCUUUCAUUCUUUGCUUCUGCUUGCUAUUCUUGUCCUUUAUCAUCUAUCCAUCUAGUCGGCUAGGGCUGCUCGUCUUGCCUCUCCCUGCCAUUCCCUUGCCCCGUUGUCAUUGUCGUACCUCAGUUGCCCGGUCUGAGUCGGGCUAAUGUUGCGACUCUAUCCUCCUUCUGCAUCCCCAUAGAUUCAAGCCCAGGUACUGUACAUCUUGUCGUAUCUGCCCCUUGCAACAUACACACACGCGUACAUACAUACCAUACCAACCAAGCAUCUUACCUUGCCUCCUUCUUGCAGACGGCUUCUGCAAGUUAAUGUCCAUGGACCCCCGUUGAGUCCAUUAAAUCCCCGUCCCGGCGCUCGAUCUAUCCACUCUCCUCCACCGGGGCCUCCUCUUGUUCGCUCCGCCCUCUCCUCGUUGUCGGCGCCCCUCGAGUAGCUUUCGUCCCGCAGUCGCCACACGGCUAAGCUAGCUGCUGCUGGCAUACUUGGGUCAUCUAACUGUACCCGCUCGUGACAUUGUCCGCAAGCAGACUAGCCCCGUCUGUCAACCUGCGGAUCAUGACUUCGGACCAUCCUAGCUCUCUUCAACAGCACAACAGGUUCGAGUUUGAUGGAACCGUUGAUAAGACCCUUGCUUCCCUCCCCCUCUGUGCCUCCGUACCUACCAGAGGUUUCACCCUACCUUGACCUCUCCUCAACACCUCUCUACGAGCCUGACUCUCUCCUGCUCCUCUAUGUGGAAGCGCCAUUUGUGGGCGAAUGGCUACCGCAUCUUCCCUUCGCGCAGCGCCUCAAAAAUGGUCUCUGAAUGACCUCAGUUCCGAGCUGCUAGCUCUCAUCUUCGAUCAGCUACGCGAAUUGGACGAGCGCGCCCUUGCCGCUGCCCGGUGCUUGUCGAGACGCUUUGAGGCCAUCGCGACGCCUGUCACCUACCGUACUCUGUGCCUCAACGAGCGCAUCGUUGCCCCAGAUGCCGAAUCGCGGUAUCCCAAUCUCCUCCGCAAUGUGUCUACCUACACCAACCAUGUCAUUGCACGAAGCGAUCUUAACCCUGACGGCAUUCGACGUGUAAUAGACAGGAUUCAACGCCUGAGGACUGUACGGUGGCACUACGUCGACGCCGAAUUCAGACCGGGACGCCUCUGGCUCCCUUCGGAUGUGCUCAACUCCCAGCAAACACGGUUUAAUCGUACCAAGCUAUUCGUCGAAGACCUGCCGCUCCGGGAAUUUGAGGGGCAGCUGCGAGACACCUACGUCCGAGCUAUUCCCACAGACCUCCUCGUGUCCCUCAAGCUUGCUAGUCCAGCUCCGCCGCUUACCACGCGACUGAACUCUCUCAAACAGCUUCUCCUGCUGUCCCGGCGCCUCGAGACAUUCCACUACGAGGAUCGGGGACAAGGAACGAGUUUCAAGUUCGUAGAGGGGGAGCGUAUGCCGCCGCUGAAGGACCUGGUUCUCAAGUCUUACGACUGGAACCAUUCCAAGGAGGACACCCAAGCAUACUGGGACUUCUCCCAACUCGAGUCGCUAGACUUGAUUUCAGUGCCCGUCUUUAAUUUCCUGUCAGCAGUCGACUUUCCUCAUCUUGCGGGACUACGACGGCUGCACUGCGAAGACUUCAGUGCUCAUCUUGUCGACAAGCGACAAGAAGCCACAGGCGGCCUAUAUUUGCUGGUGGCCAACCACAUCCGAGCCCUGCAGACACUGAGCGUGACCUGCCACAUUCAGCUGUUCCCUCUGGAUGGUAUCCUCAAGCAUGGCGCCUCCCUGCAGGUACUCAGAUUUCGCGACCACAUGGGAUUUGGAGAAGAGGAUCGACGUUGCCCAACGCUCUGGGCCGAGGACCUCGCAAUUUUGGCACAAGGCCUACCAUACGUGCACACGCUCGAGGUAGACAUGGACGUGGCUCUGUGCGAUCCGCCCGAGUUUUUACGCGCCAUCUGCAACUUUAGUAGCCUGCAAACUCUCACGCUCCACGUUCAGACCGUUCUUCAUCCACUCGAAGUAGUCCACCCGGGGAUGGAUCGCGACUACGACGCGGCUCUGCGCACUUUCCAGUUCCUAUUGCGGGAGAAGCAGCUAGCGACGCCUGAUGUUCCGUGGAAGAAAAUCACUAUCAACGUGGGUGGUUGGCGAAAGGUCAUGGUUCGCCGUUUCAGCGCCGCCUGGCGUCGUCAAAACGAAAACGGCGUCUACGCUGAACGAUGCUUCGUGCUGGGAAGGAACGAGCAUGGGCAGAUGGCUUACCAUGAGGAAAUGAGCGUUGAAGGGCGCUCAUCCACACCAACACCCGACCCACCGACGCCGAAUCUGGAGGCGGAUUACGAGUAGUAGAAGAACAAAUCGAGGGAGAUAUUAGGUCCGUUCCGCGUGGAGAAAGCAAGAAAGAAAACGCAUUAAUCCCGGGGAAAGCCAAGAAAAGACGCGAAAGCCUACAGAGAGUCGGUCACUGGCAUGUAGAUGAGAGAUUGACUAAGUCAACACUCUAAUCUUAAUGAUAUUAACGACGUUCAUGACCAUCCGUCAUACCGUAUCAUCUUCGACUAUCAUUGGAAAGGCGACAGAAAC